CUCCGAGGCACUGCCGGUCGGAGCCGCCGCUGGCCGGCCGCGCCCGGCUGAUUGGCCGAGGGAGCCCGGGGCCGCGCUGCCGGCGGGGCCGCGCCUCGCCGCCCGUGCCUUUCCCGCACGGGCGGGCCAAGAGGGAGCAGGGCUACGGUGGGGCAGCCCGUUUUCUCGGUGGGAGCCAGCAGGGCGGGAACGCCAGGCAGAGCGCAGAAGGCUGUUGCUGAGAGGGGACUUCAGGGAGCAGUGGCAGAGCUCUGGGAGGAUGACUCAGCAGGGAGCUGUUCUUCAGGGUUACAAUAAUGAACUAGUGAAAUGCAUUGAAGACUUGUGCAUGCAAAAAGAAGAACUGAACAAGCAAAUCCAGCAAGCAGAAGAGGAAAAAAAUAAACUCCAGCAUGAAAUCCAGGUCCUGAGUGAAAAACUGGAGUGCGUAUGUGAAAACCUGGCCCAAAAGGUAGCUUCACGGAAUGAGCUUGAUAAGAUUCUUGCUGAAACUGAAGCUGCUUACAUGAAGAUUCUGGACAGUUCUAGAACUUUACUUAAUGUCCUGAAGAAGGAGGUGGGAAGCUUAAAGCAUAUACCAGAACUGAAAACCACUGUAACGUGAAACAGUCAAAAGUUUGGACUCCACAGUGGUAAAAUUCCACUAGUCCUCCUGUGGGUUAUGAAUCAGUUUCUGAACCAGAAGUGCCUGUUGUCUGCCAGAACCUUCUUCCCAUUGCUGCUGAAACUGGAAAAUGAACAGUGAAUGACACAGGCGACUGCAUGGAGAAACAGAAUUGCUUUACAAUUAAAACAGCAGAAUGCUGUCUGGGAGGACUGGAGUCUGUUCUGCUUCUGCUAGAGAAUUCCAGCAGAGGAGUUCAUAUUGUGUUAGUCUUUAAUUUCAUACCCCUCAUUUUGGGUGCUGACUUGACAACCUAGAAUUUGAUUUGCAGACACACUCAAACAGCUGUAGCUGAGGAUGCAGAAACUGUGCUUUGACCAUACAAAGUGAUAUAUAGCACUAGGUACUACCAGGAAAAAAAAGAGAUCUUAAGAAUCACAAACUGAAAUUAAGCGAUACUUUUAAUCUAGCUUAAUAUGCAGGUUUGACAAUGUAAUGCUGUAACUGCUACAGAAACUGGAAAAGAAAUGUUAGCACUGUCUGUCCAUCUGUACAUCUGUGUGAUGCUGCAGGGCUGCAGAUGCCCAUGAUAUGGCAAAAAGCUACUGAAGACAAAGGUGCCACUUCAACAGCACUUCCUGGCGCCCUCCUGAGCUGCAGACACCCAGGCCUGGGGUAGCAGGACAGGCACCAUCCGCGGCAUGCCCUGGUAGGGUCUGGUGAAUGAUGUUUUGAUAGAUUUCCUGGUGAAAUGAACAUCAACACCACCACAGUCGCCAAAUAUGUUAAAAAAGACUGUCAAGAGAAGGAAAAAAGUGUUGCUGACUUCAGCUCACAGUAACCUUGGUACCAUCUGACAUGCUAAUCUGCUGACGAAGCCUUCAGUCAUCCUUCCUCAACGAGUAUCAGUGGCAACUGAGCUGUUACUCUGCUAGUCAUUCUCAUGGAGCUGCAGGCCACAAACCCACCCCUGGACCUCCAGAAGAGUGAUUCCCACAAUAAUCUGCUAUCACCAGUCUUAUUGAAUGUAUUCAUUCAUGGUCUACAAAACACCACACAUACAAGAUUCUUAAAUGCUGAUAGUACCUGGUUGACAUGUCGCUGCAGAGGGAAACAAAGACUGGCAUCAGGUAUGCUAAAGACUGUGUGGCAUAACAACCUUCUGCACACAGAAAACCUGGAGACAGCUGGAGUUUUUGUUAAACACAAUCCAGAGUAAGAGGAUCAGCCUAGCUUGAGCACUCACAGUCAUCAUCAGAGCAGGAAGGUCAGGAACUAUUUCCAAAAUGAACACAUGAGUCCAUCCAAGAAAGCAGCUCUAAGUAGAAUAAUAAUUAUCUGCUACUUGUUUGAUGAGUGCUGUGGCCUGCAAUACAUUCAGACUUCACCAUUUAAUCUUGUCAUUAUUAUUGGUAGAUUAAAAUCUGUAAAAGCCAUAUCGCUACCUGCGAUAGAUAGUCAAAAUCUCUCCACCUAAUAUCUGGCAUCAGAAUGCAGCCAAUAGCCUGACCACCAAGUUGUGGCAAAUGGAGAGCAAGUAAAAAUCACACUAAAUGAUCUAGAGGAUCCACCCUGGAAAAGAUGCCCAUGGAGCAGGUGACUUCAUCGCCUCACCAUGCCAGUGACCCAGUGCCACUUCCAGGUACUCCCCGCUGCCAGCAAACCUUCCCCCAUGGGCUCCCAUGUACAUUCCUGCCAGAGCCAGUCGAGCAGGCACAGCUUGGUGUCCCCUGCAGUCUGAUAGUGCCGGGAGGAGCUGCAGCAGCCAGCCGGGGAGUGAGUGGUGCAAGGGUGGAUCCUGUGUUCAGACCGGGCAGCUGCUCGUGUCCUGGGCUCCCUCUUGCCUUCUCAGAGCGUACACUUAAGAGGCCUCUGAUGGAAAUAAGAUAAUUUGGCUACUUUUUGUUUUGUUGCAACUGUUGCCUUAUUUGUUUUAUUCACCAACGUUCAUUAAAAACAACCCCGCGUAUUCAAAUUCCCAGCUGAGCCUACACUCCACAUCUCCUUGCCUGGGUAAUCUGAACUCCCUCCUGACUCUUCUGCCUGGCUUUUUCCCAUCUGAGACUGCUCCCUCGUCCACUUGCCAGCACUACCCAUCUCCGCUGGUUUCUACUGCCAGUCUCUUUCCUGGGACUGCAUUCUCAGUUCACCUUCCCUCUCCAUCCCAAUUUCUCUAUCAGUUUCUUUUUCUUGUGCCUCUGUUUCUUGGGCAAUUUGUCUCCUCCACCCUACGUUCACCUCCGCCAUCCCUUUAGCCUACAACCCUAAUACCCUUGUUCUGGAUCUGUCAGUCUCAGCCAGUAGUCACUUCCUUUGUUGGCUUCAAAACAGUAUUCCUGACCUGCCAGUCCUGAAUACCUGCCUUCUCUACAAGUCCCAGUUUUCAUCCCACAUGCUCCUACUUCCAGUACAGCCUGCUGGUUCUCCACAGCAACGCCUUAGAUCUGUCUCUUGCUCCGUCUGCCUCUGAAUAAGAUAGCCUGUUCCUUCACAUUGCCUAGAUGCCAGCAGAAAGGUCACUGAAAGUGCAGGAAAGUGGCCCUGCUCUCCCUUUGUUGCUUGGCUCCGGCUCAGUGUGCAGCAGCUGGACACAACCAUUAUUGGGAAAGUCUGUCUCCAUCAUGUCAUCCUGGGCUGCAGCAUGUGUAGUGGCUUUGUACAGAGAGUGCAUGCCCCGGCUAGGAGCUGAGAAGGGCUGGAGAGCCUUAGCUGAACUGUGGGAAUGAUGCACAAACAACAGGACUCUAACUGUGAGAGGCAUAAGCUUGCUCUGGGACAGUCUUAACCCUUAAGCAGUAGCAAGUGCUGAGAUUUAAAAUACCAUAAAAUUUGGCCAAAUAAGAGUAGAUUUUCUUUGGUGCAGUGAAAAGCAUCCAACAAAGGCCUGCCUUGCUCAAUUUCAAAGCAGACUUUCUCCAUAAAAAGUUUGAUUAUUUUUUUUUCCUAUUUAAAAACAACAUACCUUUCCUCCAUUUAAUUUCAGAAAUUAUUAAACACUUUGUUUGAUAUUUUCUCAGGUCUAGAAAAACAUGAUGCAGACCAUCAGUAUCAACUUCUCCAGUCUGAAUCAGUGUAGCAUGGCACAAACAGCUGAAAGCUAGGUCUUGUGUCGGAAAUGUCAAACCCUGUGUAACAGGCUGUAUGGGCUCUUUAAAAACUCGGCAGAGCUGCCUGCCCUACCUUGUGCAUGUGUUGGGAAUCAGCUGAAGGGCUGAUUCCCAGCAAGCAGAUUUAAAUAGGUUUCCAGCUUAGGGAGAGAAAUGGAUGUUUGUCUCUUAGGGGAGCUGUUCCCUCCCUCUCAUCCCUCCCUUAUAUGUGCACGUACACGCACACAAAAAGAGCAAAAUGGGGAUAAAGGUACUCUCCAGGCAAAAAGACCAUUCCUCUAUAGAGACAGGAGAGCACUUUUGGCAGACCUGAACGGUACUAGAGUUUAAGUGAGUUGAAAAUAAGAGACUGAUAAUGAGAUUUUGGUCUAGAUUGGCUGGCUUGUGCUGGCAGGCAGCAAGCAGAGCCAGCCUGCUUACAAUUCGCCCUAGAUGAGCUAACCAAAAAUAGAAACCAAAGACCACAGUGCGUUAUCCAGUCUAGAGAGGUAAAAAUAUUGACUUGGAAAGACCACCACUUGGAGACAAAAUGACAGCUCUGAGUUGCAGCCACAUGCCUUUCUCUCAGUCAUGUCAAGAAGGCACUAAUCUUCCAGUUGCAGAAAGAGUAGAGCUCCUAGUUCAGCCUUCUGAAGAGCUGGCACAUCAGGGGUCUGUGGAAGGAGGAGUAUGGCAUUCACCAGCUCUGGUCAGACUUAUGGUCCCUAUUUCUGCUGAUCCUGAGUGCCUCAUAGUCCUGUUGGGUCUAAAUCACCUUUCACAGGUAGGCACAGAGAAAGAGUUCUGGGAAGUGUGAGAAACAACAGCUUCACUCAGGAAGGAGGAACAGGUUUGCCAGUGGGUUUAUGCAGAAGGCAUCCGUGAUCCACUUCUUCCCGGAUGCAAGCUUUGCUGUAGCUGAGCUCAAAGCAUCUCUGCUUGUACUUUGUAAGAGGUAAACCUGAGACUAUCACACUACUGCCUGCAAGGCAUUUGCCUGUGAUUGAAUCAUCCAGAGACAAUGAAUGAGCACAGACGCUAAGGCACCUGGCACAUAUCAGGAAGCUCUAAACCUUGUGCUGUUGUGGCUGCUUGGUAAAGACUAAGUGCAACACGGCUGGGUGCAAUCCUGAUAUUAAGGGUAAGCUUGACCAUACCUUGCUAGGUGUAAGAGGAAGGUGUUGCUCUUGCUAGGUCCUGGAGGAAAGUGUGUAUUAUUUUCUGGUGUCUUUCCUAAUAUCUGGAGGAGUACAUGGCUCUCGGUUUUUGUUAGGCAACCCAGGUAAACAUUAGUUUAACAAUCUGAUACAGAAUAAGUAUGAUUAAUAAUGACUGAUAACAGCUGGAUUGAUAAUGAGUAAUAGGCACUCAUUUUUCAGCCUAGAAAGAUGCCUCUCUACCACUCACUAAAUGCACAAGUGCUGGAUCUCGGGUAUUAUGGCUCCUGUAACUUUGUUUAAUUAUGGAGACACCCACAGGGCUGGUAACUUUUGCCUGUUCGGAACUACCAUCUCCCCAGUUCUGAUAUUCCCUAAUUUGCAGCCACAUACACAGCAACAUUUGUGAAUUGGAACGGCAAAGUUAACUCCAAAGCAAAACUCCUUCCUCUGGAACAGACUGUGUGCCAGAGGCACUCAGCAUCAGCCACCACAUUUUCCUGUCAGCAUAUCACUGAUCUAUUAGAGAAGUUUUAAACUCAGAAUAUGCCACAAGUGUAUGCUAGAUUGUGACGAAAAAAUACAUCUGGCUCCCUCUUCAUUACUAGAUGCUGUGCUUUUGUGAGAUUAUAGUUGUAUAUUUCCUGUUAAUCUUGGUGCCGUGUCUGUACCUGAGCAGUUGCCUCUUUCCUAAUGCAUUUUGUAAAGGUUAAACUCAGUAUUGCAAACUGUACCUGAUGAUAACUUAUGAUAAUAGCAAAGGGCAAUCUGUUUUCCACUCUAUAGCUGUGCACUGCCCAAAGGGAAAGGAACAGCGGGUUGUGCUUGUUGCCUUAGCUCUGGUUUGCACAGGUGUUCAGCACUCUGCCUUCUGGCCGUGAGAGGGGAUUAGACAAGGUUUAGGGGAGAAAAUGUAGGGAAAUGAGAGCAGGCAAUCAGAUGGAAAAUUAAAAUGAAACUACAGCUGCUUAUUGAACCAAAUUCUAUUCUUCUUCAUACUUUUCCCAUCUGCCAUUCAAAACCACAUCUGAGACUGGUGGAUCUCACUCCCUAGCUUCUGACUUUGAUCUCCCGGCAUCAGAAUUCUCCUUAGUCUGUGAGUGGAAGACUAAAACGCACAUGCAGGAUCACACUUACAAAACAGCACAUUCUUGGCUUGCAGCCACAUCCAAAUUCGCUAAUAGCAGUAGUUUUCUGUAACUGCCAGGAAAGAUAAAGCAAGCAGUGACAUUUUAACUGUCUUGUGAUGCAAACAGUUCACACUGCCAGGAGUUCAGCAGAAUUCAGUGGAAGCCUAAUUAGGAAUGAUACAUCCUAAACUUCACACUCAUUAUGUUUUUAAUUCUUUCUUAAUUCCUCCACAAAUCCUGAAGUUGUUUUAAGAGAAACUUUAACAUCAGCAUUUAAGUGUAAAUUUGUUUUGAAGGAUUGCAGACACUAGUUUUUUGUUCUUAGUUUCAACUGUAUGUGUAUUUCUCCUCUCCAAAGACUCUUACAUAUAAUAUGAAUAUUAAGCAGUAUGAAGGAUAUGUCUGCUUUUGGUUCAGCGUAGUUCGAUGGUAGUAGGUGCCCUGGUUAAGCAAAUCCAAACCAUUAAACAAGAUUAAAUAAGGUAUCAGUAGGUGUGCCAGGGAUCAGGAGGUGGCAGCAAAACCCUGAGGAGAUGUUUGAUUCUUCAUGUCAGUAAUAGAAGUGUUUUCACUGCAAACCAGAAAUAAUAAAUCAUGAACAUGUGAGAUUCUAGGAAGAAAAACAAGGGAUGGUGUGACACUGAUUAUACAAUAGGAAUUGUAUGAAUACAAUGAUUGAAUUAUAUGGAUUGGAGAACUGCCACCAUUAAAACCUGAAGCAUUCAUAAUUAAUAUAAUUAACUUUCCAGAACAGCAAGACUCCAAGUCAGAGAAGGCUCCAACAGAACUUCUCAAGUUGGCUAGAACAGCAUCAAUGGAUGUAUUGCAAGGUUCAGCAAAUUGGACUGUAGCCUGAUAAUUGGACAAGUAUAUAUAUAAUGAGAUAUAUAAUGCUAUAUAUAUAUCAAUGACAUUGGAUGAGAGCAUUAAAACUACAGAACAGCUUAUCUGAUAUGGUUUGGAAACAAGAUCAUGAGGAAGACAUCCAGGAAAGAAUUCAAAGUAAAACAAAACUUGAAAUGUCAAUCUAACAGGUAAAUCAUUGUAAGACAAAUUGUUGUGGUUUUGCUCAAUGAACUUUAUUGUGUUUCUGCUUCAUAACUGAGAAAUGAGUGGUGUGAAUGGCAGAAGGGAUAUCAGCAUGGUUUGCAGUAAGGAAAACUGAGCAAGAAGAACAAAAGGUGUUUGGUGAAGGGACAAAAUUGAGCUUGGUUGUUUAUCAAAGCUCUAUGAAUAUUCAAAAUAGCUUAUGCACAGCAAAAACAGGCAUGGCAAGCUCACUGAGCUUGUAGAAGAAUCAAAAGGUCGGACCUGAAGAUGUCUGUCUACAUCAUGUAUGUACCUUUAUGAUGGGGGGUUGAACUAGAUGAUCUUGAAGGAUCCUUCCAACCCAAACCAGUCUAUGAGUCUAUGAGAGCUGGAUCCCGAGGAGAAAUUCUCAUAUACCAGAAAAUCGUAAAGGUGGCCUCACAGAAAAAUACUAAGAACUCUACAGACAGCAAAAGCUUACAAGGUGAAGGGAAAAAAACGGAUGUAUUUUUUAGAUUUUUACAGAUAUAAUGAAAGAAGAGUUAAAAUUACAUGAAGCACAGCUAGAAAAAAUCAUAAACUGCUAAGGGGGACUCACAGGCAGAUUGCUCUUGAAGCUCAAAAUAUCAUAAGCCCUAUUUCCCCAGGAAAACAACAACAAAAAAUGUUUAACAUAUUUUAAUAUUUAUUCAUAUUAAUGUAUUCAAGCUCCAUGUGCCCUACAUGAACAUGACAGGUUUCUACUAUAUCAGUCAGAAAUAUGGAGUCUUUAAAGCACUCGUUUGCUUUAACAAACUAUGAUUUUACUCCAGGUUGCAUCUGUAAUAGGAAGACCAGGCAAAUACUGUGUACACAUGAAUGUGCAUGUUCUUUCAAUAAAAUCAUUUGCAUAACUCAUUUACUGUACCUAGAUAUAUUUCAGAGUUUUGCUGAACAACAAAUUUCAGAAGGUUUUGCAAUUAUAAUAGGAAAAAGUGAGAAAACGAAAUAAAUAUGCUUUUAAUAAAUGAAUCUGGUUUUACAUAUUUUCCAGUAUCCUCAAUUUGCAAUGACUGAAACAUUAUAUUUUCCAGUGUCUUCAGUCUGCAAUGACUGAAACAGACUUUUUACUGGUUCCAGUUCCAUUCAGCCAGUCCUUCGUGCUAGCCACAAGCCUGUCUGCUGGAAUUCUAUAAAGAUGAAAAAAUAAAACAAAAAAACCCAGCAAGCACUUACAAUGCAUCUGG